CAAAGUCUGUCACUACUUUUGCUUUUGUUGCUUUGCAGCUCUGAGCGCCCCUACAGCUCAGCCCAGUGGACUCUUAGACUGCAGCCAGCCAGCCAACCGCUAGAGGAUCUCUAACUCUACCCCAAGGAACCGAGGCCUGAAGUGAAGAAGUAAAAUGGCGUCCUCGUCUCUCGCUGUCCUGCGAACAAGCAGAUUAUGCCAAUGGGGCUGGAAGAACCGGGCGCGUGUGUCAGAGUCUCUGCGGUUCUGUCCGGGAGGCUGGACCACUCCGGCUCCUGCGCGGACAAAUGCGACGCUGAUCCUGGAUCCCGCGGGCCGCAGCUGCUGGGACGAGCCGCUCAGCAUCUCCGUGCACGGCCUGGCCCCCGAGCAGCCCGUCACGCUGCGCGCCGCCCUGCGCGACGAGAAAGGCGCGCUCUUCCGCGCCCACGCGCGCUACCGCGCCGACGCCCACGGCGGCCUGGACCUGGCGCGCGCGCCCGCGCUGGGCGGCAGCUUCGCGGGGAUCGAGCCCAUGGGGCUGCUCUGGGCCAUGGAGCCCGAACGGCCAUUGUGGCGCCUGAUCAAGCGCGACGUGCAGACGCCCUUCGUGGUGGAGCUGGAGGCGCUGGACGGCCACGAGCCCGACGGCGGGCGGCUGCUGGCGCGGGCGGUGCAUGAGCGUCACUUCAUGGCUCCCGGGGUGCGGCGCGUGCCCGUGCGCGAGGGCCGUGUGCGCGCCACGCUCUUCCUGCCUCCAGAACCUGGGCCCUACCCUGGGAUCCUGGACCUCUUCGGAGUUGGAGGUGGCCUUCUGGAGUACCGGGCUAGUCUGCUGGCUGGGAAGGGCUUUGCUGUCAUGGCUCUGGCUUACUAUAACUACGAUGACCUCCCCAAGGGCAUGGACACCAUGCGCAUGGAGUAUUUUGAAGAAGCUGUGAAUUACCUGCUCAGCCACCCUGAGGUAAAAGGUCCAGGAAUUGGGCUGCUUGGCAUUUCCAAAGGGGGUGAACUUGGCCUUGCUAUGGCCUCCUUCCUGAAGGGCAUCAAAGCUGCUGUCGUCAUCAAUGGUUCCGUGGCUGCUGUUGGCAACACCAUAUACUACAAGGAUGAGACUAUACCCCCUGUGUCUAUCCUGAGAAAUCAAGUCAAAAUGACCAAAGAUGGCCUCAAGGAUGUGGUCGAUGCUCUGCAAAGCCCUUUGGUUGAAGAGAAGAGCUUCAUCCCUGUGGAAAGGUCUGACACAAACUUCCUGUUGCUAGUAGGUCAGGAUGACCACAACUGGAAGAGCGAGUUCUAUGCCAAUGAGAUCUCCAAACGCUUACAGGCCCAUGGGAAGGAGAAGCCCCAGAUCAUCUGCUACCCAGAAGCAGGGCACUAUAUUGAGCCCCCUUACUUCCCACUGUGCAAGGCUGGCAUGCACCUCCUGGUGGGUGCUAAUAUCACCUUUGGAGGGGAGCCUAAGCCUCAUGCCAUGGCCCAGGUGGAUGCAUGGCAGCAACUCCAGACUUUCUUCCACAAACACUUGGGUAGUAAGAGUUAGGGGGCGACUCUUAAGAUAUUACCCAUUAUCUCAUGGUUUGGGGGGGAAAGGGGUCAAAUACAUUGUAAGAACAUCAGUUAAGAUUACUUCAGCUGAAAAUAGUGCUGAACAUAGUUUUUAUUCAAGGGCUGGAAAUGUAGUUCAGUGGUAGCUUAUCCGACUGGCUUGUGUAAGUCCCUGGGCUUAAUCCCAAGAGCUGCAGGAAAACAGACAAAUAUUAUAUGGAACCUGUACCUAUUCAAGAAAUAGUGCCCAGAAUAAAAAGGAUACCAUGAGUUGUUUAAUGACACUAUUGUUUCAUUAAAAAUUAUGUUCUUCAA